UUGAUCAGCGAGUACAGAAGUAUUACAUUUUUGUUUUCGUGAAAUAAACAAUAAUAGGUCGGGGUACGCACCAAAACUUUAAUCUGGCUUCAAAUAAUAAAUAUCUUUCGGAAAAUAUGGAAGUAGAUCAGUACACUAAUGUAAGUAGUGAGUGGUCCUACUCCGGCGAAGGUUCGCGAUUGCCACUUAUUGAUGAAUCUUCAGCACUUGGAACUCAGGCACCGAAAGACAGGUUGAUUGCUGUGUUGGAUCAGGUUGAGAUGCGAGUGGAGAGACUGCGGCGGGACACGGUGCGCAUUGAGGAGGAGCGGGACUCCUUGCUCUCUACAUUAGACAGUGUUAAGCACUCAGAACUAUUGAGUGAUAUCACUGAAUGUGAUAAAGAAGAUAUAACGAGGUACGCGGACCGUAUCCUUGCGCGUGCUAUGACUGUGGAGGUGGCGGUGAGGACUGACCGUGACCCGCAGCAGGAGGAGGCUCUGCAUCAGGUGAACCUGUACAUCGACCAGCUGGUGAUGUCUGUGCACGAGGAUGCGGUGAUAGCGCACACGCGCUGUCAGACUUACAUGAACGCGUGUACUUCACAGCCCGACCCCAGCUCCGGUACAGACAAGAACUUCGAGUCCGCCAUCCUCGGCUGCACUCUUGAUGACCAGAAGCGUGUCAAGAAACGCCUGCAGGGACUCCUCGAUUACUUUGCAAAGCUCAAUGUUACCACGUGUUCGUGAAUUAAUAACGCCUGUAUUACUGAACGCAUGGCGCUUUGCGUGUGUUUGGGAUAUUAAAGUGAGUCCGUGGCUUAGUUCGUGGCUUUCGUACGUGGCUUGCGUGCGUAGCUUGCGUGCAAGUACGUAAAAAUUCCGUAUAUAAAUGUUGCUACGUAUAAAUUCCUUUUUUUAAUUAUUUUUCUUAGUGUUGAAGUUAAAGGAUUUCAU